AUGGCUAUUCCAAACAGAGGCCCCGAGCUGCUCGCAGUCAACAUUGCCUUCGUCACCACAGCGGUUCUGGCUUGUGCAUUGAGGAUUUAUGUUCGCGUCCAAAUGGUCAAGGCAUUUGGUCGAGAUGACUGGUUGAUGGUUUUCGCAACGCUCUUCUUCAUUUCAUACUCAACUUCGUCUUGCGUCGGGAUACAUUAUGGAACUGGACGCCACCAUCGCGACCUGCCCAUUGAGGGUGUACAAAACGCAAAGCAUGCCUGGUACUUUUGCUAUCUAUUCUACUCCGUCUCCAUGAUAUGUUCGAAGCUUUCCAUUGGGUUUCUUCUCUUGCGAAUCAGUAUUCGCAGGAUUCACACAUGGAUCAUUUACACCGCCAUGUGUGUCUCUAUCAUCGCUGGAGGGGCCUUCUUCUUCGUCUGUCUUUUCCAGUGCUACCCGGUCUCGUACAUGUGGGAUCGUACUUCGCAGGAAGGAAAGUGUGUCGACAACACCGUCAUUACCGCCCUCGGCUACGUCUACAGCAUCUUCAGUAUCAUCACCGACUUUACUUUCGCUAUCAUUCCGGGCUUCUUGGUAUGGCACUUGCAGUUGAAGAGAAGGACCAAAGUUGCUUUAAUCCCCUUGAUCACCAUGGGUUGUAUUGCAAGUGCUGCAGUCAUUGCGCGAUUGCCAUUCAUCCACUACUUCAACUCCCCCGACUUCCUUUGGUCGACUCUUGACAUCGCCAUCUGGUCAUCAGUUGAACAAGGCCUUGCCAUUACCGCCGGAAGCCUUGCAACACUCCGCCCGCUCUUCUUCAUCGCCAUGCACAAACUUGGUCUUUCUACACGCCCAACAGGAUAUCGACCUUCCGCAUAUGGCAUGUCCGCCCCAUUACCCGCUAAUGCCGCACCCGGUUCGAAAGCUGACAAACUACGGCCCGACAUGUACAAGCUAUCAGCCACUGUGCAAACGCGCACUUCCAACGACGAACCGGCGCAAACCGGAUCCUUUCCCAAAUCACCCAACUGGUUCGGCACCGGCGCCCCGCCCAACUCCAAGAAGACCACGCGUGUGGACAACUCAGACAACGACAGUGAGAGGAGUUUGAGGAUCAAGAGCUCUCGGAGCAGUGAGGAGGACAAUUUCCAAAAUGGAAUCUUGGUGUCCAAGUCGUUCUACAUCACAGAUGAAGAGAGGGGGUCGGUUCUCUCUGCACCCUACAGAUGA